AUGGGUAGUACUGGCAAGCCAGGGUCCAGAGUUCUGGUGUCUGGUGCUGAGGAUGAACAGGAGGUGGGGACAGUGAUGGUGCUCUAUGCAGUCAGUUGCAGCAGGCCUCAUGACCCGCCUUGUCCCAGUAAUCCUGUCUCCUCUCAGGCUCCUGAGAAGCAGUGGGACAAUGGGACCUGGCUGGUGACAGAGUUCGUGCUGGUGGGAUUCUCCAACCUCCCAGAACUGAGGCCCACCCUCUUCACCUUGUUCCUCCUCACCUACCUGGUCACACUCAGUGGCAACGCCACCAUCAUCACCAUCAUCCAGGUGGAUCGCACCCUCCACACUCCCAUGUACCGCUUCCUGGCUGUGCUCUCCCUCUCUGAGACCUGCUACACACUGGUCACCAUCCCCAAUAUGCUGGCCCACCUGCUGAUGGAGAGCCAGGCCAUCUCCAUCGCAGGCUGCCGGGCUCAGAUGUUCUUUUUUCUGGGCUUGGGAUGCAGUCACUGUUUCCUCCUUACGCUGAUGGGUUAUGACAGGUAUGUGGCCAUCUGCCAUCCCUUGCGAUACUCUGUGAUCAUGAGGCCCACCGUUUGCCUGUGUCUGGGAGCUUUGGUUUUCUGCUCUGGUUUCUCGGUGGCCUUGGUCGAAACCUGCAUGAUCUUCUCCUCGCCCUUCUGCGGCACAGGCCGUGUGGAGCACUUCUUCUGUGACAUCGCGCCUGUGCUGAAGCUCAGCUGUGCAGAGAGCACGCACAAGGGGCUUGGCAUCUUCUUCCUGAGCAUCCUCGUGGUGCUGUUUUCCUUCCUCCUUAUCCUCCUCUCCUACGCCUUCAUCGUGGUGGCCAUCUUGAGGAUCCCUUCGGCCUCGGGCCGGCGCAAAGCCUUCUCCACCUGUGCGGCCCACCUCACAGUGGUCAUCGUGCAUUUUGGCUGUGCCUCCAUCAUCUACCUGCGGCCAGACUCUGGGGCCAACCCCUCCCAGGACCGCCUGGUGGCGGUGUUCUACACGGUGGUGACGCCCUUGCUGAACCCUGUGGUCUACACCUUGAGGAACAAGGAGGUGAGGGUGGCCCUGAGGAAGAACCUGGCUCGGGGCUGUGGAGUAUUUAAGUAA